AUGCUCUGCGAUCUUUGCAAGGCGGGCAGGACGGAUAAACCAGGAGCAUCAGCUUGUGAAGUGGUUGAGGGAGGGCCCUGCGCAUGCGACCCAUGCCUCAAGAUUACUGACCUCGACAUCCAAAUAUCGAGCGUGGAAGCCAUACUGAAGCGCCUCACUGAUGCCCGACGUAUCUUGCAAACGGCGUGCAACUGCAUCCAUGAUCCUAUCGUUAGCCGCCUCCCUCCCGAGCUUAUCCAUCGCAUCUUUUACCUAUCCCCACGUCUCGUCCUCGGAGCAGUCUGCAAAACGUGGAGGGAGAUCGCAUGGAACACACCCGAGCUCUGGACACGACUGUCAAUUUCGGUCGAUUCCAAUAUCAGAAAAAAUAUAGUACGGGAACGUGAGAUGUCAUUCGAGUGGCUCUCCCGAGCUGGGAAUCUUCCCUUGUCACUCUACAUGAACAGGGCUCGUUGGGAAUCCUCAAGUCCACACUACUCGCGAAUGGCGCAAUCUUGGGUGGUGUUCAUUCAGGAUCUCAUGAACGAAUUCGGCAACCGCUGCCGUGUUCUCGACGUCGAGCUCCCAGUCAAAAUCUUCUUUCCAUUGAUGUCAAAAACGAGAUUGACCUCCCAGCUGAAGCAUCUCGCCAUCCGCCUAAACCAUUGCGAUUCUGCUCCUGAAGUGUUCAGUCUCUCGACCGACACUCUAGAGCCAGAGUACGUUUCAUUAUCGAGCCUGGAGCCGCAUCUCGUGAAGAUUUCAUGGAACAACGUCACUAGGCUUGCCUUGAAGGGAUGCGAAGAAAAUGGGUGCUUGAACAUCUUCAAGUAUGCCCCGUCCCUGGUUUCCUGCCGAUUAGAAAGCAUCCUGCCAGAUGAAAACCGGCAACCUUCCCUCCAAUUUAUAACUCAUUUGCGACUUCGCCAUCUCAUCAUCAUCAAGUCCUUGGCGGAUUGGAUCCUUGAACGAAGCAUUUUCCCUGAGCUAGAAUACCUCUCCACCGCGGAUGCGACGAUCUCCACUAUCCAAGAUUUCGUUUCGCGCUUCUGCUGCAACUUGAAGACCCUUGAAAUGACUCUACAAUAUCACGUACGGCCAGAAAGUUCUCUUCUCGAGCUGCUACAGACGCCCUAUCUUCAUUCGCUCGAGUCCCUUAGUAUCACCCUUACGUUUGGUCCUGCGAACAAAGAACAGUUUUUCGACGCUUUUCUGGAGAACCCUACGUUCCUUCCUGAGCUAAAAGGCCUGACAUACGAUUGCUGGAGUCCUGGGCUGCAAUUUGCCUGGGUGGUGCCAGUUAUGUCAUCGACAAAGUUCAGGCCCCUUUCAACUAUAAAGAUAAGGCACCCGGACGACAUUUACGAGGAUGAGAACCUGCGCCACUUUUUCGAAUUUCGUCGAUGCAACCCUUGGAUAAAUCUGGAAUUCCUCGACCUGAAACCCGAUUUCUUCCAGAUACAGGCGAAGCGUCUAGGUUUAGAGUAUGUUGCUGUAGAAGUAGAAUAG